GUUCAUCCUCCAAAGUGAUAGUGCCACGCUGUUCUCUCUGUUCUCGUAGUUGCACCUGCAGAUCUGCGGGUGUUUUUUUGCAGGUUUCAGGAUGUAUCACCAGCCUGUGCUGAAGAACAGGCGCACACUGCUCGAGAGAGCAGAGAAAUUUAUCUCAGAUGUUUAUUUCACAGACUGCAAUCUGAGAGGACGGCUUUAUGGAGACUCUUGCCCGCUGGAAUCCAUCACCUCCUUCCUUUCCUCUAAGCGGAUCACAUUCACAGAAGCUUCCAAGCAAAACUUUGCACCUUAUAAAGUCGGUGACACCUUUGGACCAACAUGGUGGACUUGCUGGUUUAAAGUGACCCUGAAAAUCCCAGAGUCCUGGAGAGGGAAGGAGGUUCAUCUUGUGUGGGAGAGCGAUGGAGAAGCUAUGGUUUGGAGAGAUGGACAGCCAGUUCAGGGCCUGACUAAAGAGGGUGAAAAGACGAGCUACAUCCUCUCUGAGUGUCUGAAAGAUGAGGAGCCUCACAGUAUCACACUUCAUGUGGAAAUGGCCUGUAAUGGGCUUUUUGGAGCUGGUCAGGGUUCCAUGAUUGCAGCUCCAGACCCAAAGAGAAAGUUUUCUGUGCAGAGAGCUGAGCUGGUGAUAUUUGACAGGGAUGUGAGGCAGCUGAUGACUGAUUUUGAGAUGCUGGUUGACAUUGUAAAGGAACUGGGAGAGGGAGAGCAACGAGGCUACCAGGCCCUUUUCACUGUCAAUGAGAUGGUGAACCUGUGUGACCCGUUUGAUCCCAGUUCUUUCUCCAAAGCCCACAGUCUGGCUCAGAAGUUCUUCAGCCAGAGGAACGGAGAAAGCCAACACACUGUCCAUGCAAUGGGUCACUGCCACAUAGACUCAGCCUGGCUGUGGCCUUAUGAAGAGACCAUUCGCAAAUGUGGUCGAAGUUGGGUGACGGUGAUCCGUUUAAUGGAGAAGAAUCCAGAGUUUGUCUUUACUUGUUCUCAGGCCCAGCAGUUCCAGUGGGUAAAGAGCUGGUACUCAGAACUGUUCUCCCAGAUUCAGCAUUAUGUGAAGAAAGGUCAGUUUAUUCCGGUUGGAGGAACGUGGGUGGAAAUGGACGGCAAUCUGCCAUCGGGUGAGUCCAUGGUUCGACAGUUCCUUGAGGGCCAGCGAUUCUUUAACCAGGAGUUUGGGAUGCAUUGCAAAGAGUUCUGGCUCCCUGAUACGUUUGGCUAUUCCGCCCAGCUUCCUCAGAUAAUGCAGGGAUGUGGCAUCUCCAAUUUUUUGACACAGAAGCUCAGCUGGAAUUUAGUCAACACCUUUCCUCACAACACAUUUUUCUGGGAAGGUCUGGAUGGCUCCAAGGUCUUAACUCACUUCCCACCUGGAAAUUCCUACGAAAUGAAAGGCAAGAUUGAAGACCUGGUGAAAACUGUGAAGAAUAACAAAGACAAAGGCAGAGCCAAUCACAGUGCCGCGCUGUUUGGUUUUGGAGAUGGGGGCGGUGGACCCACACAGCUGAUGCUAGACAGACUUCAUCUGGUUCAGGACACAGAUGGACUUCCAAGGGUCCGAAUGUCCAGUCCAGAUGAGCUUUUCUCACAGCUUCAGGCUGACUCAGCUCUGCUGUGCACGUGGAGUGGAGAGCUCUUCCUAGAGCUGCACAAUGGUACCUACACCACACAGGCACAGAUCAAACAAGGGAACCGCCAGUGUGAGACGCUGCUUCAUGAUAUUGAGAUCGCCAGCAGCUUGGCACUGUGCCGAGACAGGACAUUUCUGUAUCCUGUGGAAAAACUCCAAGAGCUCUGGAGGCUGCUUCUUCUAAACCAGUUUCAUGAUGUGAUUCCUGGCAGCUGCACAGAGAUGGUUGUGGAGGAUGCACUAAAGUAUUAUGAAGAUAUCCGGAGGGAUGGUGAUGCACUUCUGCGUGAAGCAUGUGCAGCUUUGGGGUCGAAAGGAAACUCCACUGGUGUGUUCAACUCUCUGCCAUGGGAGCGCCAUGAAGUCAUCCAGAUUCAAGACGACACUGAAAAAUCUGGUCUUGCUCUGGUGAGAGUUCCCAGCAUCGGCGUGUCUCCUGUCAAAGAAACGCAGCCUGUGACUCCAGUCUCUGUCUCUGUUCAGGCCGAUGGCACCGUUCUCAUGCAGAAUGGGAUUUUACAGACGGUCAUAAACAAAAAUGGCACAUUGGCAUCACUUCAUUUGAUCAGUGCAAACAGAGAAACCCUCUCUGACGGCUGUUGUGGGAACCAGUUUGUCAUGUUUGAUGACGUUCCCCUGUACUGGGAUGCUUGGGAUGUGAUGGACUAUCACCUUCAGACAAGGAAGCCGGUGCUGGAGGUGGUGCAGCCUGUUCGUGUGGUGUCCUCAGGUGGACUUCGAGGCAGCGUCAGCUUCACCCUCAGGAUCAGUGAUAAAAGCACCCUCACUCAGGAGAUUGUUGUGGAUGCCACGUGUCCUUACAUCAAGUUCAAUACAGAGGUGCAGUGGGCAGAGUCCCACAAGUUCCUCAAAGUUGAGUUCCCUGUGCGAGUGCGCAGCCCCAAUGCUACGUAUGAGAUCCAGUUUGGUCAUCUGCAGAGACCCACACACAGGAACACUUCAUGGGACUGGGCCAGAUUUGAGGUUUGGGGUCACAAAUGGGCUGACUUGUCAGAGCACAACUUUGGAGUAGCACUGCUGAACGACUGCAAAUAUGGUUACUCCAUCCACCAGAACACAAUGACUCUGUCCCUGCUGAGAGCACCGAAGGCCCCAGAUGCCACUGCUGACAUGGGGACUCAUCAUUUCUCAUAUGCAAUCAUGCCACACACAGGAUCCUUCCAAGAUGCUUCUGUAAUCCAGUCUGCAUACAACCUCAAUUUCCCCCUGAGGUUGAUCCAGUGCAGCCCUGACACCGUGCCCUGGAGUGCAUUUUCUGUCAGCACUGAAUCCGUCAUCCUUGAGACCAUUAAACAGGCCGAGGGUGGAAAGGGGACACUUGUAGUGCGUCUGUAUGAGUCUCAUGGGAGCAGCGUCACUGCCACUCUGCACACCACCCUUCCAGUCAGGGAAGCCUGGCAUUGUGAUCUCUUGGAAAGACCAGACCCCACCCAGCCAGCAUGUGUUACUUCAGAAGGAAUUACUCUGAACUUCAGUCCCUUUCAAAUUGUGUCACUGUUGCUCAUGUUGUGACUGGAUGAAAUUUUACCAAGUCUUAGGAAAGUGACAGUGGUACUGUAAAUAAAGUUAGUGGUUAGAAAUUGGUUGACGAAAUCAUGGCUAGGAGUAUUUCCACCUUGAAACUGCUGCAGACUGAUGACUGUCCCAAAGACAUGGACUGACUUCUAGGGUUGACACAUAAGACUAAAGAAUCAGCUUGCAAAGUGGGGUUUUCUGUAUCAUUCUUCUUCAGAAUUGGUUUCCCCUUUAGACAUGCAUGUCUGAAUUACUGAAAUAUUUCAACUUGCCAUUGUGUAGCGCUGUUUGAAUGUUGGAGCAAAGUUAUAGGUGAGCUGACAUAAUUGAGCUGGGAGGGAGGGUGGAGAAAAGUGGGGAAGCAAUGGUGUGGAGUUACACCCGAGCCGUUUAAGGCAGAAAAGGAUUAUUUUCAUUAAAAAAAAAAACCUUUUAAAUAUGUAACUUUGACACACAGAUGAUUUUCAGGGGUUUCAUCACUUAACAGAGAGAGACUAAUCAACAUUAUGCUGAACACGAUGUGGUGUUGUUAGGUUAAAAGUUCGUGACACUUCAAAUGAAAGACAUGGUUUUAAAGCAUGUCAGGAAUAAUGUGAUUAAUUUGCAUCAAAUCAACAGCCACCUUUAUACAAACACUUCUGUAGAAAUUAUUUUAUUUAAAAAGUAGUGAAUGGUAUAAAAAUAUAAAAACUGUCCCAUACAGUGAUGUCUGACA